CUUUAUUGUUUUCUGGCUAAACAGGUUUACAGGGCUACAGGAACAAUGGACUCCAGGCUAACCUUAGUUACGGAGGAGUCUGUUAAGAAAGGCAGUGUCAGGAAAUACAAAAUCCUUUGUGUGGUUCUUCUUGCUUUGUUGGUGAUUGUGUCGCUUGGAUUAGGCCUGGGACUUGGGCUCAGGAAACCUGAACAGCAAGGCAGCUGCAGAAAAAAAUGCUUUGACGCAUCGCAUAGAGGAUUGGAAGGCUGCCGGUGUGACUCAGGAUGUACAGACCGAGGGGACUGCUGCUGGGACUUCGAAGACACCUGUGUGAAGUCAACUCAAAUAUGGACGUGCAAUUCAUUUCGCUGUGGGGAGAGCAGACUGGAGAUGAGUCUCUGCUCCUGUGCAGAUGACUGUUUGCAGAGGAAGGACUGCUGUGCUGACUACAAGACUGUUUGCCAAGGAGAAAGCCCAUGGGUGACAGAAGCCUGUGACACACCCCAAGAGCCCCAAUGUCCAGAAGGGUUUGACUUGCCACCGGUUAUCUUGUUUUCCAUGGACGGCUUCAGAGCUGAGUAUCUACAAACAUGGAGUACCCUCGUGCCGAAUAUCAACAAACUGAAAACAUGUGGAAUCCACUCAAAAUACAUGAGAGCAAUGUAUCCUACCAAAACCUUCCCAAAUCACUAUACUAUUGUCACGGGCUUGUAUCCAGAAUCACAUGGCAUCAUUGACAAUAACAUGUAUGAUGUGUACUUCAACAAGAAUUUUUCACUUUCUUCAGCGGAGAAAAAUAAUCCUGCCUGGUGGAGUGGGCAGCCGAUUUGGCUAACGGCAAUAUAUCAAGGUUUAAAAGCUGCUGCCUACUACUGGCCAGGAUCAGAUGUGGCUGUCAAUGGCUCCUACCCUACCAUAUACAAGAAUUACAACAGUUCUGUACCAUAUGAAAGGAGGAUCUCUACACUGUUAAAAUGGCUGGAUCUGCCCAAAGCUGAAAGACCCAGUUUUUAUACCAUAUAUGUGGAAGAACCUGAUUCUGCAGGCCAUAAGAGUGGACCAGUCAGUGCUGGAGUAAUUCAAGCCUUGCAGUUAGUUGAUGAGGCCUUCGGAAUGUUGAUGGAGGGUCUGAAGCAGAGGAAUUUACACAACUGUGUCAAUAUAAUCCUUCUGGCUGAUCAUGGUAUGGACCAGACAUACUGUGACAAGGUGGAAUACAUGACAGAUUAUUUUCCUCAAAUAAACUUCUAUAUGUACCAAGGACCUGCCCCUCGCAUCAGGUCUCGUAAUAUUCCUCAGGACUUUUUUUCCUUUAAUUCUGAAGAAAUUGUCAGGAACCUCAGUUGCCGGAAACCUGAUCAACAUUUCAAACCCUACUUGACUCCUGACUUGCCUAAACGACUGCACUAUGCCAACAAUGUUAGAAUUGACAAAGCUCAUCUCAUGGUGGAUCGCCAGUGGCUGGCUAUGAGGAGUAAAUCCAGUUCAAGCUGUGGAGGAGGGACACAUGGCUACAACAACGAAUUUAAGAGCAUGGAGGCAAUCUUUUUGGCACACGGACCCAGCUUUAAAGAGAAAACUGAAAUUGAACCAUUUGAAAAUAUUGAAGUCUAUAAUCUACUGUGUG